AUGCGACACAGCCAUGACUAUGUCUUCCCCUGUUCGUACAUCACAGAGUACACAGACUGGGUUUUGGGGAAGUGGCGAGAGGGAGCCGCCGGCUGGAGGAGCAGGCGGCCGAGAGCCCCCUCCAGCGUUCAGCAGCGCGCCCUGCCUGGCGCGGCCGCGCCUCUCCGCCCCUGGCGCGGCGGCAGCCCGGGGCUCAGCGCCCGGCGGCAGGGAGGGGGCAGUUGCCUCUUGCCGCCCAGGAGGCGGCGGCGCCUGCCUGCUAUUGGCGGGCUGGUUCCUGAGCGGUUGGACGCUGUAGGGUCCAAAGUGUCGGUCUCCUCUCAGCCCUCCACGGGGGUGGGGAAGGCGCUCGGCUCUGUGCCCCCCUGCCCUGGAGAAAAAGAUCCAUGCAAAUCUAGGAACCCAUUAAAAGCACUAGCUUUUAACUCUAAAAGAAGGCCACACACUUCAAUGCAUGAACAGAUAAAUACCAAAUUUAUCAAGAGGCAUGGCCCCACUCUAUCAUUCCCUAAAUGCCUGUCCGGAUUAGUCAGAGGCUUCAAAGAAACAGAAGAGGAUGGAUGUAGGGGUAAUAUACUCACGUUUUCCAUUUGCUGGAGGAAAUUGAAUGAAUAAGAACCACACAGCACUGAACUUUUACACAAGCUUCUUAUUGUAUUUGAAUGUCAUUUAUUGAGGAGUGAAUGAGAUACUGCCAGACAUGCCAAAGACACUUCACAUUCAAG